UGAUCGCAUCCUGGUGGACCGGACCGGACCGGACCGGAUUUUGGAAAAUUCCGGGUUGGCAAAUGUAGGGCCCGACAGCUGGUGAAAGAUGCUUGGGCAGGAAAUGCGGACGGAGAAUUAUAAAAUUUCGGAAGAGGCGGCGGGCCUGAAAAGGGACGAUGGGCGAAGAAGGCCUCGAAUCGAUUGCCUCCUCUGUCUUCUCUCACACGCUAAGUGGAAGAUCUCAACUCCGUCCGCCGCCAAAUCCCUGAUUCCUCUCUCUCUCGCCGCAGCACACCAUCUCGAUCGCACGGCUCGUUGGGUAGCAGCCGCGAUCUUUUGGUGUGAGCAAAAAGAGAGGUGUCCAUAGGACACCUCUUUGUUCAGCUGCCAUUGUCAAAUGGCCAAACAAUUGCAGCACCAGAACUCCAAUGUGGCGUAUGAAAAGAAAUACUCAGGGUGUAUGUGGAGCUUCUUUCACUUCUUGGAUUUCCACCAGCGCCUUCGCAUCAGAAAGAAGCUUACAGACCGGUGCCAUGGUGAUGGCAAACGUUAUGCAGGAAUUAAAACUCCAAAAUCGUAUGCUCCUUCAAUUGGUGAAAAACAUGACAUUUUGGAAAGUGGAACAAACUUCCUGAUUGGAAACAAAGGCAACACUUUGAAAAGAAAGCCAAGCAAGGGCCGCAUCAGAGCUUUGUUUUCCAAAAGUUUGGCUAGGAGACAAGAUCAGAAACAGGAAAUGCUACAUGUAACCCCACGGUUGCUCCGUACAAUUUCCAUCCAUCAUUUGGAGUGCAAUGAUUAUGUUAUUCCUGAUGAAGAAACUUCUGACAAUGAAAUUUCAACAGUUUAUUUCAAUUCGCAUGAGUCUGAUUCUUCUGCAGCCAGCGAACAUGUUCCAUUGUUACCCGGUGGCCCAGAUGGGCAUAUUUUUGGUAAAACAUCUGAGGCAUGUAGGGCCAUGAAUACUCUAAAUCAUAUGGACUAUAACCUUGUUGAUGAGUUUGGGGAUCUUUUAGUAGAGGAGCAAGCAAGACUGGUGGAGAUGUUAAAUGAAGCAAAGGAAUCCUUAUCAAAGCAGAAGCAUGUGGAUGCGAAAGGCUUGGGAAGAGAUGUUUUGAGGGAUUUCAUCAAUAUGCUGGAGUUACACAGGACCGACAGGGAGUUAUUUUUAAAAAUACUUAAAGAUCAAAACUUUGUCUGGGAAGCUUUUUUACAGAGACAUCAUAGUUCCGGUCCGAAAAAAAUAUUAACCAAGUCUGGCUCAUUCCCAGGAGCAGGCUUGUCAGGCAGGAAAGCUGGUCCAUCUAGACUCAAUUCCAAGUGGAAGGAAAGUGAAAUCUUUGUAGACGAAGAAAUGAAGUCCCAACUUGGGAACACCCCUUCAAUUUCAAGCACCAUGGCUGCAGAUGCUAUGGCAUCAAAUGCUGGUAUUAAGGUUGAUAUUCUAAAAUCAAAAUCUGCAUCUGUGGAUGUUUCUGGAGUUGGUUCCAGUUCUGAGAUUUUACCUGGUUCUACUCGUGAACUGAAAAGCCAGAGGGAUCAUGAGACUAUUUUAUAUCAUUUUAAGGACCUUGAGCAGAGAUUAGAAGAUGUAAUAAACAAGAAUAUGAAGGAGAGUCAUCGGAUUUCAAUGGACGGAGUUCUCCAUAAAGUGCCUUACGGACAGAAAGUAACCGAGGAUGUCAUGAAAGAACAGUUACAUCGGUCUGCUUCAUCUAGAUGUGACAGAGAAAGCACAAGAGACAAGAUUGUGAUUUCUGGUAAUAGGUAUCCGCAUCGAAGUAUUCAAAGGUCUCGUUCGCUUACUGAAUCCUUGGACAGGUAUUCUCAUUUGCUUGAGUCCAUUUCAAUGAAAGAAUCCAAAAGUCUGCCUGAGAGCUUGAAGUCGAGCCAUGAAGACAGUGGUCUGCAGAACAAGAAGACCCCCAAAACCUUCGGCAGAAUUUUUUCUAAUCCUGAAUGGUUUAGGUCACAUUCUUUUACUAAGGCUGUGCAAAGUGAAGUAUUUCAUGAAGCACCGCCAUCCGAGGUAUCAGCUGCUGGUCUCCUGGAUGGUGAUGCAGCAGUUAAUAUCAAUAAUUCUCUUGGGCCAGAAUCUGUGGAAACUCUUGUGCAUACGAAGCAGAUCAAGGAAUCAGAUACUUUUACAGAACAUAGUAUAGAUAUAAAUGUUAGUACGAUAACAGAUGGAGGUCUAGAACAUUCUUUAUUGAUGAAUGAGCAUGACCAGAGUGAGAUCAGUAAGGUUUCAUAUCCAACCAAAGAGGACACUAGUCAUAUUCCUCUGCAUGAGGUAGAGAUUAGAAUUUCCAGGCAGCCGGUGUUAGUUAGCGAGCAUGAUCAGAAUGAAAUACAAGAUAUUUCAGAUUUAAGAGAAGAGAACACUAGCUAUAUUUCUCUACAUGAGAAGGAGAGUGGAACUGAAAUGUAUCCAACCGAUAAACAAAGCUCAAUCUCUGUUCUUGACUCAUUUUUGGAAGAGGAUCCUGUCACUUCAGCAAAGUAUUUAACUCUAGAAGCAGAUCCUGAUCUGGAGCCUAGAAGCCUCCACUGCAAGGAACCGGAUGAUUCACCCACUGCCGAAAACCCAUUGGGUGCUGAUGCCUCUAAUGUGGUGGAGAUUGUUGAAUCUAGUUCUGGUAAGAUAAAUCUAGGAGGCCUUACCAACGUCAAUGCUUUUCACAUUCAAGUGGAUCAACAGGACGAGUCUGAGUUCAAUUAUGUGAGGGCUGUGUUAAAGAAAUGUGGUUUUGUUCAUGAGGAGUUCCUUGGAACAUGGAACUCUCCUUACCAACAAGCAGACCCCUUACCAUUGGGUGAAGUGGAUGGCCGGCCUAACGCACUCGACAUUGCAGCAUAUGACCAUGAUAUGUCUCUUGAUCAUGAACUUCUGCUUGAUCUCAUCCAUGAAGUUCUAUUGGAAAUUUAUGAAUCAUCUUUUGCUAGUAGCCCCUGGUUCUCAUGCUUUGUUUCUCAAAUUAAACCAUUACUUGUGGGACACCAUGUCCUUAGGGAAGUAUGGGGAAAAAUCAGUUGGCAUCUUAGUUCACGAAAACAGGUAAACCGCGCACUUGAAAGUAUAAUGGCUCGAAAUUUUGCAAAGAAUGAUGGAUGGUUGAACCUCCAGUGGGAUGUGGAGUGUGUAGGGAUGGAGUUGGAUGGUCUGAUACUGGAUAAUUUGCUAGAUGAGCUAAUACUUGAGUUUGAUGAUAUCACAGACCCUUGUUUUGCAUCUUCCUAGUUUACUUGUGUGUUGUGCAUGUAGAUAUCUUUUUUCUCCAUUAUUCUGGUACCAUGGGUGUAUUUUAUCCCACUGUUCAUAUACAUCUGUACAGAUGGUGAAAUAACAUACAUGUACUGUAAUCGGGGAUAUGAAGAAAAUAAAUUUAAAUUCUGUGUUGCA